AUGGACUCUUCUGCCCAGGCACGCCAGGUUCUGAUCGCCGAUCUCCCGCGAGAAGGUGAUCUCGCGCAUCACACCAACAACGGCCGACCCACCACACGGGUCCGAACCGACUCAACCGAGGGCAACGUUCCCAGCCCAAACCCAAAUCCGAACCCCGAUCGAUCCGAAACGUCGUCCUCCGAUAAUAUUACGAGCCUUACUGCCCAACUUGCCAAGCUCAACGACUCGCUCGCCGCGCUGGAAGAUGAGGCGCGCGGAGAGCCCUACGAAACCUCAGAGGAAGAGUGCCGAGGCGCUGCGGGCGAUGUCGAGGCGCUUCUGGCCAGCUUGACGCAGUGCGCUACCGAGAAGACGUUUUUGGAAAAGUGUUUCCCGUGUAAAGGGUGGAAGAGGAGGGAUCUGCUGAGGAGGCAUGUCGGUGUUGUGCAGGAGACGUUCAGGACUGUCGGUAUGACGCAUCUUCGGGUUGCUAGUGCGUUUGCUAGGCUAUGCCAAACAGCUGAUGGUCUUGGUGAGGAUGCGGAGAGACUGGCUGGCGUUGUCGAGGAAGUGAAGAAUGCGUUUCAACGGGAGGGAGUAAGACGCAAGGUCCUUGGGUGGCAGAAGCGGAAUCUCAAGGCGGAGCUGGAGUGGGCUGAGGAACGUAUGUCUGCCGUGAGCAGCAGCAGUAGCAGCAACGAUGCGCCGUUUCAUAGGGCAGAUGAAGAGGGAAAUGUUGAACAUGAGUCCACGGCUACGACAAGGGAGCGAGAGGCCGAUGUCGCGAAGAUGAGACUCGAAAGGGAGCAGAUGGCGAAGCUGCCCUCAGAAUCGACAGACGACGCCCAUAACCCCACGGAAGCUGGUAUCCAUAAUCCUGCCAGGCAGCUCAAGCACCUCAAAGACGAUCGUGACGCUAGGGCCGAACACGACGUAGACAACGUCCGUUUGGAGAUUUUGGCGGCCUCGCUCGAGUCGGUGUUUCUGGUGAAGCACGAAGAUCUCAGCGUCGAUUUGCGGAAACGACGCGAAGCGCUGAGAGAGGAAGGGGAGAGAUGUCUCGCCGUCUCUGAGAGAUUGGAGAAGCUCCGGAAAUCGAAUUAUGGCGAUUUGGCGAUUGGGUUGGGCGAGCUUGCGAAGAAGCCAGACGCGGAGGCGAGGCGUAAGCUGGUCAAGAUUGUGGACACGGCUGGGCGUCUAGCUGCUGCUCGUCGCGGGGUGAUGAUGGUGGAGUACCAUAGGAUGAGAUGA